UUGGGGGUACAUGGCAUACAGAGUACCGAGCCUCCUCCGCCCCGGUUUCCUCUCACUCCACCACCUGACCAGAGCUAUGAGCUCCGAAGUUCAUUUCCAGGACUCUGGUCGUGUCGGGCUCAUCACCCUGGACAGACAGCGAGCCCUGAACGCUGUAAACGAGAACAUGGUUCAACAGAUCAGCGGUAAGCUGGUGGAAUGGCGGGGGAGGGAGGACCUGGAGGUUGUGUGUAUUGAGGGAGCGGGGACUAAAGCGUUCUGUGCGGGAGGUGAUGUUGUGUCCAUCACUAAGGAGCAGGUGGAGAGUGUGGCUCUGAACUUCUUUCAUGAUGAGUUUCAGAUGAACCAUAUGAUUGGGACGUACCCUAAAGUUUAUGUAGCGCUCAUUCAUGGUAUAACCAUGGGAGGAGGGGUAGGGUUAUCAGUUCACGGCAAAUAUCGUGUCGCCACAGACAAGUCUCUCUAUGCCAUGCCGGAAACAGCUAUCGGGUACUUCCCAGAUGUGGGAGGAUCCUACUUCCUAUCACGUCUCCCACAACCGUACGGAAUGUUCCUAGGACUGACCGGACACCGGUUGAGAGGAGCUGACCUGAAACACAUGGGAAUAGCCACACACUACACGACAGCUGAGAAGUUACCAGCUCUAAAAGCUGAUAUUUUGACCAGUGAUCGGAGUUCUAUUGGAGAUAUUUUACAGAAACAUGAGGUUGAGGCCCCGGCUCCUUUCUCGUUAGACCCACACGAGAGUCUGAUAAAACAUUGCUUUUCUGCGGAUUCUGUGGCGGGGAUCUUGUCACGUUUAGAACAGGAUGGUUCGGACUUUGCCCUGAAACUAGUGAAAAGUUUACAGCGCAUGUCACCCCGGUCCCUUGUCAUAACACACAGGCUCCUCUCCAUUGCACCCUCCAAAUCUUACGAGGAGUGCUUUGCGAUGGAGUUCAGAGCCGCGCAUCAGAUCGUGCGGAGUGGCGAGUUCACGGAGGGUGUGCGAGCGCUGCUUGUUGACAAGGAUAACGCGCCUGUCUGGAAUCCUGCCAAGAUUGAGGAAGUGACAGAAGAGAUGGUGGAGGAGUAUUUUAAAGAGAGGACUAGGGCGUGGGAGCCAUUGAAACUUGACUAGAUACUUUUGGUGGUUCUGACUGUGAUAAUUUAAGGGGACAUUCUGUAAUUUAUUCCUUUAGGUCAAAUUUUAUUAUAUAUUUUGUUAGAUAAUAGCUGUUAUCCUUAUAAUUGAGUUUUUCGGAAAUUUUAUGCAUUACGUUGUUGUUGUAUCUUUGAGAAUGUAAUAAAGUUUAUGAGAUCUUGAUACAAACUAUA